CCGCGGCCGGAGCAUUUGAACGAUACGGAUUUUCAAUCGGACGAAUUCGAUUAUUUCCGUGCAUAACGCGUACCAGUGCACAACCGCCGAAGACCACCGACCGUUGCAGUUGUUGAGGUCGCGAGGUCCCGUUUACACCGGUUUCACGUAAUAUUCACGCCCUCCCGCCGCCCGUCAUUGCAAUAGCCACGAUUGCUUUUGCCCGCCCGUAGACGUUUCUCGUUUCCGAUCAACUAUGCGCUAUACUGUAGCAGCACGACAAUAGCAAUAACACCGCCGUAAACGUCGCCGUGUUGAAAACGCAAAAAAAACAAAAACAAAAACCCCUUCAGAGUGUCCGCGUCGUUCGCCGUACCCGCAAGCGUAUAAUAACAAUAAUAAUAUUCGGUCGCCGUUCGUUGUUUUGGAAAUCAAACAGAAAUACAAAAACAAUAUUCGUCCCGCCAUUCCGGUAAACGGUCCGCACGGUUCGUGGAAAAUGUUCAUAAACGAUUUUCAAUUCAUGGAGUCGCUGCCGUCAACGAACAACAACUUCGUACUCAAGACCGAACCGUUCGGCGGCGAAGGGCCCACCACUUACAACGGGAACGUUUGGAUCACGGGUAUAUCACGUCAUCGUAUUAUUAUUACCUAACUUAUCCAUUUAUAAUCUUACGGAAUAAUCGUGUCGUAACGAUCGAUUGUGUUAUUGCGUUGUUAAUUAUUCGAGAUUUGACAAUACCUAUAUUGUUAGGCAAGUCAAAUCAAACGUAACAUUAAUAAUAAUAAUGAUAUUAGGUACGAUAUUGUUGAGGGACAUACCGUAAUGGUACGGUUAUCAUAACGGUAGUAAUAAUAAUAACGUAACUCGUACUUAUCGUUUUUGUUUCGUUUUUUUCGGGAGGAUCGCGGCCGACCGAAUAUUAUUAUUCGCUGCGCCGCGGUAAUAAUUAUUUUUAUUAUUAUUACAAUAUUCGUCCUGUCGUCGUCGUCGUCGUCGUUUCACUCACUAUCGACGAUCCCGUUUCCUGUUUGCUCGCGCCCGUCGCCAAUAUCGCAAUAAUAAUAAUAAUAAUAAAUUGUUAUAGUACCGUACCGAUUGGCCCGGGACACGGACGUUUCAAAAACGAUACGAUAGUGUUUCACGGUGUUUCGGUCGUGUAUCACGCGUUCCGAACCCGUCGAAAUAUAUCGUUCGGAAAUGGUAGUUGACAGUAUUUGGAGGACGUAUUUUAUACGUAUAUGAUGCCCGCAUCCACAACUGUCCCGGUCAACAGCUACCGGGGUAAUGUACAGAAACAAUGAUGCUCGCGCAGUUUUACGAGUAAAACCGGCUUAGUUUUGAUUUCGGAGUAAAAGCGCUCGCGACGGAAUGUAAAAAAAGGACGGUAUUUUCGAGGGAAUGUCGUAUAGGUGUUUUUUGAAUUAUGAACUAUUCAAAAAUCAAAAAAAAAAAAAACCAACAAAAUUAAAGGUUUUUUCUAUAAUUUAUAUCGCGCUGUAAACAUAUCACGAAUAAUACAAAAAUCCCGCGACGUUCCCUCCGAAAUGUCGUUCUCUAUAAAUUUCAUGAUCGGUACUUUUACUCUAAAAUCGAAAUCAACCUAGUUUUACUUGUUCUGCGUAAACAUUGUUUUCGCGCAUGUUAUACCCGCACCCCUUGACCGCGCGCCCGAACAAAUUCGGUUUAAAAUCGACGUGAAUCGAUAAUUUCGCGGUUGUCGCGCGGCAAUGCCUAUCCGAUAUUGAUUGUGACGGGCAAAAGCCGAAAUCGGGCAAAUCUCAGAAAUGCCCGGGCAAAAUGCCAAGUGUCCACCGCGACACGUGAGCAAAACGUCAUAUUUCGGCAUUCGCCCGGACAAACCUAUGGUUGCGACCCCUGUGACGGCAAAUUUAAUUUGUUCACAAGCGGGACGGGCAUACCGUGUUAACGAUAUUACGAUACUGCGCUAUUAACGCUAUCGCAAUCAUUUACAACACACGCAGUCCGCGGUAGUAAAUAAAUUGGCCCGCGCACGGAAAAUGUCUGGUUUUUGACAUGUCAUAGUGACCGACAUAAAAUGAAUAUUCGGACAAAACCGUAGCUAUAUUUUUAUCGUACGAUUUAUUUAUUAACGAAUUUAUGAGCGUUACGGAUUCGCCCGAACGAGGUUGGCCACGGCUACAGGUUUGUCCGGGCAAAAGCCGAAGUAUGACGUUUCGCCCGAGUAUCGCGGGCACUUGCCGUUUCGCGUACUUGCCCGGGCGUAUCUGAGAUCGGUCCCGAAUUCGGCUUUUGCCCGUAACAAUAAUUGUUACGGCAGUGUGGAAACUCACGCGCUCGUAAACGUUUCCCGACCCGUUUGAAAUGUCGCGGCGGUUUAAACGCGCAGAUUAAACGCCCUUUUUCUUGAAACUUUUUUCUCAAUCUCCGUCGGCGAAACUCGAAAAAAUCUGUUAUAAACGGCGUUUCCGUUAUUAUUGUAUCCGGGGUACACGGACGCGCGCGAGUAUGUGACGGACAAAUGUUUCGAUAAUUAUUAAAUUGUUCGUCCGAAAUUGCCCGUUAAUCGGUUAUGCAUCGGUUGCGUCCCGCUUAAAAUAAACGGCGAUGUUCAAGGAAUUAUUUAAAAUAUCAUCGCGUAUCGUAAUUUUUAUUUACCGUAAAAUAAUAUGUCGACUAUUAUAUUAUUUUGAAUGUAAAAAAACCUAACGCGACUCUAAUAAUAUUAUAUGGACGCUCGGUGUUUGGCAGAAUCGUAAAGAUACAAGGAUCCGUGGUUUUCUCGGUCGGACGUUAAAAACCGAUUUUUGAAAAAAAUGAUAGUCAUGAAACAUAUUUUAUUUAUGAUUUUAACUUUUUUUUUUUUUUUUAGGUUAGCAAUAACUUCUUUUCGGUUGGAAUAGGGAACGUUUUCAUUGAAUACUUUUUUUGUUUUGUUUUGUUCGUACGUCCCUAAUAAUAUAAAUACGCAUUAUCGAUUAGCUUUUAUUGUCGUUUAUAAUCGCGAAGACGAAAUGAAAAGUGUCAUUUGUACCCCAAACUUAAAAUUCAAAUUGUUCGUUCAAUAAUGGUCACAGUCGUUUUUGCACACGCACAACGGACCGUACACGUAUUUCUCCACGAAACCGCGUCGCUUGGACCCGGAGUGUCGCUUUGAACCUUUUGCUGUGUAAAUAUUUUUUUUUUUUUGACGUUCGAUCGAUGUAAACGCACUAAAGUAAUCCGGCCUAGGCGACCGUCUAAAUUCAAUUCUCGUUCCCGGGACGGUAUUCGGAUAGCGCCUCACGGCGAGACCAAACAACAUGGUCCGCACUCAAUGUAUUCUCGGCUUUACUACUUCACUCCACUCGUGUUCUUCGUUCCUAUCCGGUAUGUACGAUAUUCAAACUGCAGCACGCAUGAGACGAAACGCGAAUGUACUGUUCUAUUAUAGUGUUCUCUGUUCUCGCCCGAGAAACCCUUUGUCUCGGUCAAAAAGUACCGACAAUAAACGGAGAACGGGACGGCGAGAAACUGUUCACAUUCGCGGUUCUCGGGUGUUCUCGGGGCUUCUGGACGUGAAUCUGGAUGCGCCAGGAGAACGGCGCGCCUAAAAAUAUAAGUGUAUACUCGUCUAAAACAAACCGCUUAGGUAUUUCCCGUCGUUGGAUAGGUAAAUAAUUAUUUUAGUUAUUGUGGUUAUCGGUACCUGCAGUAACCGCGGCGGCGCUUCGAAUUGGUUUAUCGGAUAGAAACUGUCGUUUUUCGACAAUUUUCUUCCAGGACGGGGGAAAAGAAACCGUUGGGUGUUCUCCGUUUUCCUCCAGAACGUGUUUGUUCGGACUAAAUACGUUUUCCUGCGGAUCAAUCAAAUUAAAAACAAAAAACCAAUUACGAUAUUAUAAUAAGUCACUAGUUUUAACCGACUGUCUCGAGUCGAGACUCUCGACUCGUGUAGGUAGGACGGAAAACGAAGCUUAUUAAACUUGCGACGAACGUCUUCUACCGAUUGCGAUUAAAAUCAACCGGUGAAACACAACAAUUAACUAUUACAUUCAAUAAUAGGAUGACCAGAUCAACUUAAAAAUAAAAAAACCGGGACGAAAAAUUAUUCUUUAAAAAUCUUUACUUCAAUUUAUUAUUUUUUUUUUUAUGUAUAAAAUAUAAAUACGUUAUGUCAUAUUUAAGAAAUUACAAUUUUUCAAUUAUACGUAUACAGUUUUAUUAAUUUUACUUCGAAUUUUACUUUGCUGCCAGUUUUAACAAUUCACUUUUGGUUGGAGACUAAAUUAUUAAACUCCGACCAACUUUAACAAUUUAAUACAAUAUGUUAUUCAUAUUUUGUUUACACCUUUCUGCGGACGCGCGAGUAAACAGCGUUUGCAUUGCUCGGUCACGUGACCGUGUAGAUCUAUCCUUCUUCUCUUCCGAGGGACGAGGGACGGACGGCGAGAAAUUAAAUCGUUGAGAACGGGGGGGGGGGUGGAUAAUAAAGGCGUGUUAAUGAAUGUUUAUUUUUAAAUUCGUUUCAAUUUCAGCGGUUGUAUUUACAUACAUCAAUAAAAUUGUCUGCCUACAAUUAUAUAAGUGUACGAAAAAAAAUAACGCGUUGAUCUUACAUGUUGUUAUUAUAUUUAUUUGUCGUAUAGUACAUACGAGUGUUAUAAAACAUAUAAAAAAAAAAAAACUCUGACGAGAAAUGAUUUCAGUAUAAACGAAGGGAUUUCGGAUAUUCCGCAUUAUUUCAGUUCGAACAACUUGUAUAAUAUAAAAUAUAAUAACGGCUUAAUUAUGUUAGAUCGCCAUAAUAAUGACAAUAAUAUUAUCGUAUGCGGAAUUUCCAUCGGUUCGAACGCUAUUUCGCGAAGAAAAACUUGUGAAAAUUACGUAACACUAUUAUAAUAUCGCCAUUGAUUAUAAAUACCAUUGAUUGUUCAUAUCAUUAUCCACGAACAAUACGCGGGUAAACACAAACGGUUUAAUACUACAUUUUAUUGAAAAAUCGCAAUAAUGCCAUUAUUCCGAACAGACUCGGUGGCGCCGAAGCUAUAGUAAAAAUAGUCGAGCAAACUUUCCGAAAUAGGUAACGCAAACCACCACCACUAACCUAACUGCCUAAAAAUAAAUUUCACAAACUCUUGAGGGACAAAGCGAUAUUCCUAUAUUUACAACAACCCCCUUUUUAUAUAUUUUUUUUACAAUUUAUUUAAAUAUAUAUAUAUGUUAUAAAAAAAAGCACGAACAUACAUCGCGUUUGGGCGCAGACACUGUUGUAGAUGGGAAGUUGGGAAUGUAGGAUACAGACGGGAAUUUAAUGUAUAUCUGUGAGCAACAAUAAACCAUUGAUAACGCAAUAAUUAUUCUGAGCGGAGUUCAGUUGAUAGUGUUGCUUUGUCAACAAAAUAAAUGACAUAUUAUGAUAAAAUUAUUACAUUACAAUGUGCGUUUCCAUGACAAUAAUGAUUGUCUAAAAAAGAUUAAAAUAACUUAAUAAUAAUAGAAAAUAAAUAAAAACGGUUGCCAAUGACAACCUUAUUUAUCUUUAUAUUAUUUUUCAAUCUUUUCUAACCUAAAGAACUAGGUUUUCCUGAUUAUUUCGAAUAUUAAUGAGAAUUUCAAAAACUGACUUUUCUAAAGUACCGCCCUGAGAAUAUUUUCUUUCAGAAAAGGUGCUAUACUUGAUAAUCGGAGUAAACUUUCUGGUAGAAAAAGUGUUCACAUAAAAAAAAAAAAAAUCUUUGUAAAACCAAUACAUUCUUCACUAAACUCAGAAUCUAAAAUUAAUAACGUACAUAAGUUGUGCAAUGGUAAUAAUUUAAGUUAAAAAUAAUUAAUGGUAUAAUUUCACAAUCAGUAUACAAUAAAACAGUAAAAUAUUCGAUAAAAAAACAAAUCAAAAAUAAUAAGACAAUUUAGAAUCUUAAUUUUAGAUUCGGGGCGUGGCGAGGGAUCUAUUGGUUUUACUAUGUGUAUAAUGUGUGUUUAUGUUCUUUUUCUGUCUGUAAACGACUUUCCGAAAGCAGAUCUCCCUUAGAAUAUAGCAUCUUUUCUGAAAGGAAGUACUAUCAAGUUUGUGUGUUCAAGAGGUUUCUUCUACAUAUAGUUCCUUAUAUUCUAAAAAUGUAAAAAAGGCUAACUGAAUAAUUGAUUAUUAUGUUAUGAAAAAAUAAUAUAUCAAUAAAAAGUAUAGCAUAAUAUUAUCUGUAACCAACAAGGUGGCUACUACCACCACCACCAUUACCACUGUUAUCUCCACUACUACCACCACUUAAACACGGUUACUGGUUUGCCACCAUAAAAAAAAUAUGAUGUUAUGCCCAUCGAUGCAUCGAUCUUGCACACGCCAAUUGCUGUUCUUGUCGCGUCAUUGGUCUCGAUAAUUUUUGCAAUGUACAUUAAAAUCGAACGUAAUAAUAUUAACGUUUGACUUGAUUUAGGUAUAAAAUCUAAUCAUCAUUAUUACGUAUUAUUAUUAUUAUAAGUCCAAUUACAAUGAAUAUUAUAUGAGUAGAACAAAAGAAAAAAAAACAACUAUAAUAUUAAUUAAUAUUUAAUUAAUAAUUAAAUGAUUCUAAAAAAAGGAAAACAAGUACGAAAUAUGCAUGAAGUGUACACAUAUGCAUGGAAAAACACAUUUUACUUAUGAGGUAUCUUAUACCUACACGUUGUAAAUUAUUUUUUUGUUCGAUAUUUCGAAUACCUUAUCAUGAUUUUUACGAAAACGUGGCUUGUACGCAAUUAAAAAUAUUAAAAUUCCGGAAUUUGAUGUCUAUUCUUUGACUAUUCUAGGUUUUUCUUGACUUUCCGGUUUUACUGAUAGCGAUAACCAUGAGUUUGGUUUUUCAAUUUAUUAAAAGGAUGGCAGCGUUAUCGAACAUACAAAUCCUGUGUCGAACAAUUGUUGUACACGGUUAAUCGUAAAUCAGUCUAUGGUGAAAAUUAAUUUCAAUACUUACCGUCUCAUUAAAAUAAAUUGAAAAUCGUAGUAGGCACUCUAGAUCUUUGAUACUAUUAUAUGAUCAUGUUUACAACAUUUUAUCUCCAUGGCUCCAUUUGGAUUCAACGCCAAAAUAAAACCCUCCUACCGCAAUAAAAUAGUGCAAUCAUAUUGAUAUUCAAUCCGAUUUUAAUCACUUCAAUCUGCCUUUUGAACCAACUCUUAAUUCCCGAGUUUGAGCUCAUUUGGUUCGGAAGGAGCCACCAAUAGUAUCGGAAAACGAUAAAUAUCUAUAUAAGUUUCUCACGCUAUGAUAUCCAUUAGAGAUAUCUCGAAAAGCAUAAAGUUUUUCGAAAUUUAUUUUGAGAAUUUAAGAAACGAACAGCUCUAAAAUAUUGCUGGUAGUAUUUGAAUUUUCGAUUACUGGUAUUCAGUAUUUAGUUGAUAACAAUAAUUUCGAUAACUACCGAAAAACCGGUAAUACGAUAUUUUCGGUAAUUACUGAAUUUUAUACGUAUCAAUUAUUAAAACAAAUAACAUUGGUACAUUAUAAUUUUAGUUUUUGAAGGCAUGUUGUGUUGACUGAUGUCGCUGUAAUUUUAGAUUAUUCCAAGCGAAGAGAGUUUUACCGAUGUUAUUUGUCUGUGAACAAUUUUUCUACCAGAAAUCUUGACUAAAUAAAAAAAAGUGACGAUAGAUCUAUUUUGUUAUAUUUUUUAUCCAGUUGGUAACGAAGAAAAUCGAUUUUUAUUUUUCAAACUGUUUUAUAAUAAUUGAGAAAAAUAGUAAAGUUCACAUUACCUAAUGGUUUGAUUAUUCUGUUUUUUUUUUUUUUUUGUUGUUGUUGUUUGGUCUAAAAUCAUAGUGACCAGAAAUUUUCAUAGAAUAUUUAUAUUAGCCUUUACUAAAAUUAACCGUGCAUAAAAUAUAACUUACAUAAAAUACUUUAAAAUACCGUAUCACUAUACCAAAAAUACAGUAUUACGAUAGUUACAGAAAAUACCGUUAAUACAGUAUACCGGUAGUUUCAAAUACCGAAAAUUGGAUAUCGGAAAUUUACCAAUACAGGUAAUUACCGGUAUACCGAAAUUACCGUCAGCCCUACCUUAUAUUGCACCAGUUGGCUGAAACUAAUCAAAGAUUCACAGAUGACAAAUGUUGUUUACAUGAUUUAUCUAAAAGAAAUAAUUGGUUUUUUCUUUCUGAAUAACUUUUCUAUUAGAUGCAUAGAAAAUAUUGGUGCAUUGAGAGGUAAUUUUUUUAAUUUUAUUUGUAGUUAUCUUAAUUAUUAUAAAAACUGAGAAGAAAACGUUAGAAAAUGAACAUGUUUAUACAAUAACAGUUUCUAUUAUAUUUCGAUUUGGUUUUUUUUUUUUUAUUUUAAUUUUGCCAAAAAUAAUUGUAGAGACCCAAAGCUUUUGCCCGAUAAUUAUAUUAGAACUUAAUAUAUAUAAUACAAUUUUCGAAAAUAACCGAUUCUAGGUACGGAUGUAGCCACUGUUGUAGGUGGGAAGUUGGGAAGGUAUAAGAUACAUAAAGUUAUUUUAUUUAUCUUCGUAAAAAUUUGAUGUUCAGAUGCUAUUCUUGACAUUUGGACGAAGAUUUCUUGUAGAAAAAUAUAAUCUUAACAUUUUUAAAUAAUGAAAUCGUUGUGCCAUAUUUCUCGACCUUUUUAGUUUUUCCCGAUUAUUUUGAACUCUGAAAAAUCAAAAAAUCGCCUGUCUAAUGCAUCAACUAGCUAAAAUUUCCUUUCAGAAAAAGCGUUAUACUUGAUAAUCGGAACAAGAUUUCUGGUAGAAAAGUUGCUCACAGUCACAUAAAGAAAAAAAAUAAUAAUAAUGAAAAAAUUAAAAACAUCAUAGUAAAACCAAUCUAAAAUAUUAAGGCAUUUUGUUUAGCUAUUUAUACAGCUAUUUGAAAUUUUCGAGGGUUUUUUUUUUAUACGGAUUUUGGUCCAGUAAAAAAAAGCUUGCAAACUCGAUACAGGGUUUAUCAUAAUUUAUGCUUGGUAGUAAAAAAUAAGUCGAUCGUAAUGUAGUAAUUUUAGUAAUUUUCACCAACGCUUUAAGUUCAAAUGAUAAAAUUCGUCGAAAAAAUCCCAAAAAUGUUAUUAAUUGUGUAUUAACAAAUUGGUAUGAUUUUUAAUUUUAAUCAUCGAAAAAUGUUUAACCGAACUUCGCUCAGAAUUUUGUUUAGUUUGUGAUGAUUUAUCGUUUCGUACAGUAUGUAUACACACAUUCUCUUCACAUCUUAUCAUUUUUUUUUUUUUUAAUCAAGUACUCUGUAAUAUUAUAAUGUACCUGCAUUUGAAAUAUAAUAUGUUUUAAGAAAAUCAAGCAAUUUAAUAUAUUUGAAAUGGUUUAACACACAAUAUGAUAUAAUUUUAGGUAAUUAGAUUGCACACCAAACUGUUAAAAAUGUAACAAUAAAUAACAACCGAUUCAUCUGUGUAGAUACGAUUUUGAUAAUCUAUGAUCUUUCUUUAAAUGACCUAUUAAAUGUUUAAAAAAAAAAAAAAAUCCCAUAAGAAACCAGAAUAUAGCUGUGUUAAUUAACACGCGUCUGAUAUAAUUUAUUACGAUUCUCUACAGGUUAGAUACACUUAACAAUAUUAAUAUAUAAUUUUAAAAGUCUAUACACAAGUAUAUUAUAUACUUGUGUAUAUUCGUAUUAUAUCACCGACAGUAAAAUACUAAUAAUAAAUAAAUGAUACGGUGAUAAAGCGAUAGAUAUGAUAAUAUAUCUAUUAUAUUAUACAUAAAAUACAUUUUUUUUUUUUUAGUUAUGUGAAUAAUAUAUAGGUAUUAUGAUUUAUUAAAUAAUAUACCUAAUACAAUAUUACAAAAUACUGAUUUCUAUAACUUAUAUUUUCCGUAAUGUAUAAUUAUGAUUUAAAUAAAUAAUAUGUUACUUCAGUGUUAAUGGUGUUGGUCGUAUAAUAUUCGGAUUUUUUUAAACAUUUGAAUAGCCGGAAUCUCCAAUCCGAAAUAUUGAAAUGAUGAAAUCCGAAUGAGCAUCCAAGUAUUCGGAUGACAUUCAAAUUUCUAUACUCUCGAGUUUUCUAAAUAUUUAUUUUCGUCGUGAUCCGUGAGAUAAAUUUCAUGAGACUGGAUCUCAACUAUACAAUAUAUAUUUUAUUUGUUCGUAGCGUGAUUUUUGUGGGUUCAAUAAUCUUUUUGAUUUGUGCGUAACCAUUAUGACUAAAAUUGUAUUUUGCGUGUGAUAAUAAUACACAAUAUAUAGGUAAAUUUUUAUUAAAGAGUAAUCAGUGAUGUUAUCACAUACACGCCGGAUACUCUCGAAUAGUUUUUCAAAAAAAAAAAAAAAAAUGCCUCAAGAAUACCACUUAUACCAAUAAAACCGUAUUAUUCAUACAUAUUGUAAUUUGUUUUAAUUGAACAAUUUUCCAUGCGACCCUUGCACUGGGACUCACAACUUGACGACUUGGGACUUUACUUGAUUUAUUAGUGUAAUUACAGUGGCUAAGCGAGUGGGGGUGAAGGAGGACGGAGUCCCCUUUUUAGUUAAGACAAAAUGAUAAGCCCCCUGUAGUUUAUAUCGUUGAAGUCUGGGGGACGCUUUAGUUACCUACCUAUUGUUAUUGUUACAUUUUCAAUGCAAUUUUUAAAAUACGAAUUAGUUUUAUUAAAAAAUAAUUUGUUUAUAUCUUUUAAAUUAUAUAUAAUGGGACACUGUUUUAAUUUAUUUUUACUGAGCAGACAUAUCCGUGAUAUAAUAUUUGCGGGUAAGGGUGCAGUUUAUUUUUAAACCUUCGUAAUAUAAUAUUUUUAUGAGAAAAUACGUGAGUGAGAAAAAAACAUUUUAGAAGUUAUGUCUCCAUGAUGAGUUUCCUGAAAGUUUGGUUAGAUUUAAUUAAUUCUCCGGAACGACCCUCAAUUUUUGGUAGACAUAAGGGAUAUUUCUCUUCGAAGUUUUUUUAAUUUUAACUACAGUGUAAUAAAUGCGUGGUUUUAAUAAAAUUAUAAUAUUAUUAUUAUUAUUCUACGGUUAAUAAAUAUUAUAGAACAUUAUAGGACGACGUACGUGUUUACGUAUUAUAUUUACUGCGCUUAUUUUUAUUUGUUUACUGCAUUAUUAUUGCAGUAAUAAACCAAUAAAAAUGCACAUAUUAUACGGUAUUAUUUUUGUUAUGAUAUUAUAUAUUUACUAAAAUAUAAAAUCACGGUGAAAUAAAAAAAAAAACCGUAAACGCAAUUGAUUCGACUCGUGUAAAUAAACUUAAGACUAUUAUUUGUUCAUAAAUACAAAACGGCUGUAAAGACAUAUUCUUUCUUUGUCAUUUAAAAUGCGUUUACUGUAUGUUUCUUUUUCAGUGGUUUAUUGUAAUUCGUUAUCUUUGGCCAUUGUUUGUUUAACUAUUUCCUCCCUUGAUUAAUACAAACGUCUGACGUUUGCAAUUUUACCGCACAUCUUAAAUCGGUUGGUAAUUUGUAUAUAUUUUAUCUACAAACACAUAGUAUAUGCAAACGAAUACAAAUGAGUACAGUUUGUAGUUUUGUUUCUUUACAUAAAUAAUUCAUGUUCGGAUAAUAUUAUUUUAUAACGGGAUAUACAGGCUGAUAUACAUUGCGAAAAUCCGAAAAAUAUUAACAAUUUUCGUAAAUUCAAGAAACAAGCACCUUUAAGGUUUAAAUUUAAACUAUUUACUGUGGAUUUCAAAUAAAAUUAAUGGUAGUUUAACAUUUUAGAGUUGCUUGUUUCUUAAAUUUAAAAAAAAAUUGAAAAAAUUCAACGCUUUCCGAGAUAUCACGAUGAAUAUAAUGACCUCUCGGUAUACCCUGUAUAAUAUUAUAAGCGAAUAUAUUAUGUAAAAUAAAAAGCAAGCCUUUCCGUUUCGAAUAAAAGCCUAUUUUUUUCCUUAUAUUCAACUAUAACUUUUUUCUCAUACCAAGAUCGUACCACCGAACACGCUUCCGAUUUUCUUCUUAACUCGCAAUAAAUAAUAUUAUACUAUUUAUUACAGUUCCUCUAAAAUAGUUUUAAAAUAAAUUAUAUGGCGUACCGAAAGUUUCGAAUGCCAUUUUUUUUACUUUGUACAACUCUAGGCGAUUUAUGGACGUCCCGAUUUACUGCUAUUAUUGAUUUUUAACAUCAACGUAUAUUGCAAACAAAGAGUCUCGAGAUUAGGUAUUGGGCAAUAUGCACAUAAUUGGUGUGAUAACUCUCACAUCAAUUAUGUUAUAAACCUCAUAAUCCAACCAACCACCUGCUAAUAUUAUGACAACAACUCUGCCGUCAAUAUCUGCAUACACGUGUGGAUAUAAUUAGGGGCGGGCCAAUACAUAAACUGAUACUCGAUAUUUUUGAUUUAAAAUAUCGGGCAUCAAAUUAUCUGUGGUGUAUUUAGGAUUUUGCUAAGGAAGGCGAUAUCGAAUUUGGAAAUUGUGUCAUUCUAUACAAGGGCUAAAAAAAUACAUUUAUAUAUAUAUAUAUAUAUAUAUUUAAUUUUUAUACUUUUAUAAGUAUAAUUUAUUAUUCAAUCUGCUAUAAGACUAUCCUUUAAAUCAAAUUCGUACUAUUCGACUAUUCGUAAUUAUUAUGAAUGGUAUAUUAAUUAUUGGUACGUUUCUAAUACAACUAUCUCAUCAAAUCUCGUUCAUAUUGGUUCGAAUAGGUUGUUUCGUUUCAAACAAAAAUACGUGUGCGUUCGGAUUUCGUUGAUAUAUUAUUUAUUUAUUUAUUUAUAAUAAACGGGUAAUGACCCUUUUGAAUUCGCAAUAUCAGGUUUACAUUUUUAAGCAUUUUACAGUAACAAUAAGAGCUAAAAUUAAAACAAAAAUAAUGAAAAUACGGAUACAUAAUAAUAAUAAUGGUAAAUGGUUAAUUAAUUUACAAUAAGUUUUAGGCUAAAUAUACAUUUCUCUUAAAAACAAUACGUGGCAUAAAGAAAAAAUCCACAUGAUCAGUAAUAAAAUUUGCUAUUUUUAAUGCUCUAGGUAAGAAAAAAAUGGAGCUAUAAUUAUUUUUAUAAAACGGUACAUGAAAUAAAUUUGGAUUUUUUAAACAGUGAUUUGUUAUAUGAAACUUAAUCAUAGAAAGCAGAUCUAGGGAAAAAAAUGUGACCAUUCAAUAUAUCAUAAAUGAACAUGAUAUCUGUAACUUCUCUUCUUACCUCAUUGUCUACUUCUCACCUUCUUACCUUUCUUAUAUCUGUAGCUUGUUGCAAAAAGGGCCAAUGCUACUUAUUAUGAUGGUUGGGAAAUGAGUUUUGAAAUUGUUUUAAUCUCCUGUAAGACUCUGUGACUUAUAUUAAAUGUAAAUGUUUGUAUAAUUUUCGAUUUUUACAAAAGCUUAAAAAAAAUAAAAAUUUGUUCACUUUUUCUUUAUUUAGCUUAUUAAAAAGAAAAAAAAAUGAUAUUUGCCCUUCUUGCACCCACCAAGCCACAGACAUAUGUUUUGACUGUAAUGUAGGUACCAACACAUCAGUGGCGUGAAAUGAGCCACGGGCCCAUAACAUUUAGGGGCCCGAAAUCAGGGCCCAAAGCAUUAUUAGACGAGUGAAGGCCUUUUUCGAAUAACCCUUUUUUUUUUCUUAUCGGUCUUUCUACAAUAUUUUACCACGGGCGUUAGAAGUUCUAUAGUUACGCCACUGCGAACGCUUUGUUAGUUUUUCCAAUAAGAAAAUAAAGAAAUUUCAAUGUUUAGAAAAUUAAUAAUAAUAGUAAAAAAAUGUCAGACGGUAAAAAACAACCGCCGAUGGGUACCAUAUUGUUAUACCGUUUCCUCCCCGAUCGCUUCUCUCGAAUACGCCGCCGUUGAGCGUCCGUCGGUAAAAAGCGGUAUUGGUCCAGGUGUAGAUAUUAAGAUAUAUUAUAAUGCAUCGGUUACGUGUAAAUUUCGCGGUGACUGUAACUCGGAAACUGAUUUACAGCAGAAUCGGAUCUCAACGCCAUGCCGGUGCACCGGGAACCGUCGUCCUACUUGCAGAACAUCGACACGCCGACGGUACACUCGCCGCCCAUGACCGGACAGAAUCAGGCGUGUUCGAUUUGUGGCGACCGGGCCACCGGGAAACACUACGGGGCGGCCUCGUGCGACGGAUGCAAAGGAUUUUUCCGGAGGUCCGUCCGGAAGAGCCACUUCUAUUCGUGCAGGUGAGCCGUUAUUGCAGUUGACUUUUUCAUUUUUCGAGCGGACGGCCGUAUUUCCCAUCCGCGGCCCCCGUGUUCCUUUCGCCGGGCAUUAAUUCCAUUACCUAUGUACCUAUAUAUAUUAUGUGUCUGAAGGGUUAUUCUCUUUUUCUCGUUUCAACAGGUUUUCCAGGAAUUGCAUCGUGAACAAAGACAAACGGAAUCAAUGUCGAUACUGCCGUUUAAGAAAAUGUUUUAAAGCUGGUAUGCGAAAAGAAGGUAAGUGAAGCAAACCCCCCCCCCCCAUACCUCCUUCGUCGUACGAUUAAACGAAAUAUUUCAAUAGCGUUGUAGAGCCGUGAAUUGAAUGCACUCAAAAACUGUAUAAAAAAUGAUAUCAAAUUCUGCUCCUCCUACCGAAAAAACAAGCCGCAAAAUUUCCUGACCAAUCUUCUAACACCACCCUCCGAAAUAAACAUCAUUGUAAAACCAAUAAUAUACAUUCCUUUCGCUCCGCUCAGAAUCUAAACAAUUUAAUCAGUUAAAAAUGGCCAUUUUACUCCCUUUAACUUUGCGAAUAACUUUGUUACAGCCGUGCAAAACGAAAGAGACCGCAUCAACUGCAGGCGACCCAGUUACGAGGAACAACCGUGCGCCAACGGUCUGUCUGUCACGUCACUCUUGAACGCCGAAAUCCUGUCCCGUAAUGAGUCUGAUGUAAGUAGUAGUAUACCUAUUCUAGACUCAUAGGCGCAACUAGGGGGUGCUAGAGGGUAUUUAGUACUCCCAAGUUUAAAAUUAGCACCCCAAAAAAACUCAAUCGGGUUUUUUAUAGUAAUGACUAAAUAUUUUAUCCAUGAAUUUCAUAAUUAAUGAGCAGAAAAAAAUAUUUAUAGGUUUCCUACAAUUGUAAGUGAUAGGUGUAGUUAACUAUUUUUAGAGUCAUGUAAAGGAGAUUGUGGGGGCCACCAGAGUUGGUGGUCUAGUUGCGCCAAUGAAUUUCUAAUUACGAUUCUUUUUAACGUUUAUUUUUAUUAUUUUUGUUUUUCAUUAAUAUAAUAUAUUAAUAAUGUACAGACGGCCGAAGACACAAACCUGGCGAACAAGCACGUGGCGAAUAUUGGCGACGUGUGUGAAUCCAUGAAAACCCAAUUGCUCUUUCUGGUAGACUGGGCCAAACGCAUACCAGCAUUUACAGAACUCCAGUUGAACGAUCAGGUAAAUACUGCAGUGGGACGCAAUCAGGAUUUUUUGAAGGGGACCCGUAUCACGUCUUUACGUAUUUUAAAAAUCACGUUUUAAUAAAUUUAUAUCACUCAAACGGGGAUGGUGGAAGGGGGGGAGUGUCCAGACACCCAAAACACCACACCCCCCUGGUUACUUCAUUGCCACCCAAUAUUAAUUAUUUUUUCGAGUCGAGAAGUUGGGGUAUUUUAUAGGUUCAGCGUGGUGCAAGACAAUACAGAAAUUUCAGUGAACUGUGGAGUUUGUUACUAAAAGAAUUAUAUUAAGUGUGGUAGGAUGAAAUCACAUGGUUUUCAUGUGCCGAUAAAAAGUAUAAAAGGAAUAUUCUAUGAGUACAGUGAUGGUUUCAUGGCGUGUAUAGGUUUGAGUGAAAAAGAUAAAAUUAAAAUAAAAGUUAAAGAAAUUAAAAUGUCAAGGUGGAUGUAUAACAUAACCAGAACGGAUUAGAUUUGAAAUAAAUAUAAGAGAUAAUGUAUGUUGGUAAGUAGCCUAAGAAUAUUGCUAUAGCAGGAAAAACGAGAAAUAAUAUAAUUAAAUGAUAUAGGGCGAGAUAGAUAAAUAAGAAAGUUGGGUAUAGAUGACUAGGAUAUGGUAGACCAAAAGUUUGACCAAAAAUUAUUAGUAAUGCGAAAUGGCAAAAACAAAAAAUAUUAAUUUUUUUUGUAUUUUCACUAGGUAUCAUUAUUACGUGCUCAUGCUGGUGAGCAUUUGCUCUUGGGUCUGGCUAAGAGGUCGUUAAUGCUCAAAGAUGUGUUGCUGUUGGGAAACAAUCGCGUUAUAACUCGUCAUGUACCUGGUAAGUGAACCAAAUGUAACCAUGAUACUCAAAGAAUGAUGAAUUUAAUAUUAUUUGCAAUAAAUAUUAGUUUUCUGUGAUACCCAGUACUUAUCAAUUAAAUAGAACUAAAAAAAAUUGUGCCGUAAUUAUAUAAUAUAAUACAAAACAUAUAUAAUAUAUAAUAUUAAGUCAAAUAAAUACUUUGAAAUUGUAUAACAUUAAUACUUAUUGUUGAAUACUAUUUAGAAUAGACAUAAUUAUUUGAUACAAUUCAAAUAUUUGCAAUUUGAAUAUAUUUAUUAUUGAGUCCGAGUUAUUUAUGAGAGUUCUAACUCUUCUAUUUCCUAACAAUAUUUGUUUAAUAAUAUUGAGUCUGAUUGUGUAUUUAAUUCAAUAAUAAUAAGUUGAUUAAAAUUAUAUUAUUUAUAAUUCUAACAGAUACAUAAUAGCAGGCUAUUUGCAAUAGAAAUUACUAUCUCUGAAUCUAUAUCUAUCUAAUAUAUUUACUUAUGACUUAAAUUAAUAUUAUGGUACUUAUAGGCUUUAAGCAUACCUAUUAAGCGCGUUGUAUUUGAAACACUAUUUUGGAGAAGGCAUUCUAUUUUCUUGAUAUUUUACUUUGAGAAUAUUUUAUUGCAGGUCUAUAAUUUUCAUAAAUUCGUAACUUUUCACAAAACGAUGUGGAUGUACUUAGUAGGUACUUAUCAUCAACUGAAUAUAACUGUUAUUGGAUUUUAAAAAAUAUUGAUAUUUCUUCACUUUUUUGAUAAUAAUAAAUAUAAAGGAAAUCGUAUUAUUCGUAAUCUAUUUUAUAUUUUACCCUUUUACGUUUAGACAACGGAAUCCCAUCAGACUUGGACAUAAGCAGAGUAGGCUCACGUGUCUUGGACGAGCUUAUCAAACCACUGAAUGAUGUUCAGAUCGACGACACCGAAUUUGCUUGCCUUAAGGCCAUUGUCUUCUUCGAUCCAAGUAAAAACAAAACAAAACAAAAAUCAUACUUUUACUAUUGCCAUGUUAACGGUUCAUUAAAUUUGUUUGCAGACGCCAAAGGCCUGAAUGAAUCGGACCGCAUACGGCGAAUGCGCAAGCAAAUCCAUAGAAACCUCGAAGACUACAUCAGUGACCGUCAAUACGAAACGUGUGGUCGGUUUGCUGAGCUACUGCUUACCCUUCCAGCGCUCCAAUCCAUCACGUGGCAAAUGAUAGAACAAAUACAAUUUGCAAAGCUGUUUGGAAUGGCGCAUAUUGAACCUUUGUUACAGGAGAUGUUACUUGGAGGUAUACAAAAUAUUUUAUAAUAUUAUAUAUUAAUUGUCUUAUUUUAUUAUUAUAGUUGAGUUUCUUCUUUUAUUCUCGUUCUCCAUAUCUCCUUAAUCUGUUGUCAUUUCUUCAUCAACUUCACAUGUUUCUACUAUAGCCACAUUGUUCCCAGAGCUACCACUUUGCUACCCAUUGAAAUACUCCUUCUCUUUCAACAUUUCCAAACCAUCUAAAUUUAUUCUCUCAUUGCUUCUAUAUAAUUUUUUACUCCUCAUAUUUAUUCAUAACAAUCCAAUCUGGUUAUACUACACAUCCUCCAAUUAACUUUCUCAUUAUUUUCUAUAGGAGCUUCAAUUGAUGCUGAUGCGAACACCCAUCAAGAUGUCAAAAACAUUAAUGUCAUCAAUGUACCAUAACUUACGCAUUUAUUAUAUAAUUCAUCAGCUAUUUGCAAUGGGCCGUUUUUAAAAUAUAGACUUCAAAAAAUAUAUUUAUUUAUAGGUACAAUUAUACAAAGGUCAAUACAAUAUACACUUUGAUCUUGAUAUCUAACUAUUAAUUAUAGUUUUCAUAUUACCCCAAUUAUUAUUCCAAAGCUAUAUAUUAUUUUACUUAAUGUUGCGAUAUAUUAAAUUGUUUAACUUUUAGAUAAUGUUCUAUUCUUCUUUUUUUUUUUUAAGUUUAUGAUGUAUAUAAAUAAAAACUUAUAAUUAUAUAUAGAACUAUUUUUUUUAUUGUUUUAUUUAAAUUUUAAGUAUUAUUGUAAAUUGUGUGUAAUGUAAGCUCCCCACUUUUAAAUUGAUUAUUACAAUCAUCAGAUUAGGAUCUCUUCUAUCAAACUUUACGGGGAAAAAAAAUAAAACUAAUAUGGUAACCUUGAUUAAAUAUUCAUAUUAUACCUUUUAAUGAUAAGUGUUGACUUAAAAUAAAAUAAUACGUUUAUGUUUUUACUAAUAAUUUUACCUUUUUAAAAUUAUGUUGAUUUUAUUGCAUUUAACUCUAUAACGGUGCUGUAGACAAUAAGUAAAUUAAUGCCAUAUUACAAUAAUUAUAACUAGUAUUUCGUACGUUUAAACUGUAUAAUAUUUUCAUCAAUCAUUUCUAUCAUAGAAUUAACAAUUUUAAAAUAUUUGUAUUAAAAAUAAUUAUUAAAUUGUAAUUUAUAUUUUGAUUUGAAAAAAAAAUAAUGAUUAGUUAUAUAUAUUAGUUACAUAUUAGUUAUAUGUAUUUUAUGUAUAUAUAUAUAUAUAUUUUGUAAUGGUUUUAUGUAAAAAAUGAUAGGUAUGCAUGAUUGUAAUUUUUUAAGGAAAUUAUUUGUAAGCUAUAUAUAUAACAUAUUUAUGUAUAUAAUUAUUAUUAUCUUAUUUGAAAUUGUAUUGUUAUUAACAUUACUCCAAUUGUAUAAUUUCUUUUUCUAGUGAAG